AUGCUUGGAGAUUUGCCGUUCAACACAGACUUUGACUUGGAUCUCAAUCCCGUGGACUUACACUUUAAUGGAGAGGGUGUUGGUUUUGAAGCAUCACCAACCCUGAAUCACUUAUUCCCUCUCUCUGCAAGAGGGUCUGGGAAUUCAACUAACUUGACGAAUCUCACAGAUCCACUGCCUUCUGCGCAAUUUCUCCUGCCACAGGACAGCACCCAGUCAUAUCAAGAUCAAAGAGGGUCAGAUGACAGCCUAUCAUGGGAAAUCUCAAGCUGGGGCGCCGAUGAGCAGCAUCUGGUACAACACUACCUAGCAACCAUGACGGGAUACGCCAAAGUUGACGAUUACCCGCGGAGUGCCAACAACCUCUACACCACGGCCUUUUCUCAAUCUCUUUCAUUUAAGCCCCUUUUAUACGCUAUUCUCGCGUUCGCAGCCUCUCAUCUGGCAUUGGAAAAUGAUACAUACUUUGAAAAAGCGGCCAAGUACGAACAACUAGCCCAUGACUCAUUCGAAGCCUGCAAAGAACACGCCUCAGAACCCGAUAGCCUUCUUUCUGCGCUUUUCGUUCGUGCAAAGAGAGUGCAUCUUAUAGCAGGCGACAUCGAGUUAUUCCACCGUCUCAUCACCGAAGCUACUCAAAUCAUCUUGUCGGAAAGAGGACAGCGAGCUUUGAAAGAUCCAUUUUCUCUUGCUCAAAGAAUCGCCAUUCGACUUGCUCUUCUAGAUGCACGCGCUUCGUGCUAUCGACUCGGAGGCGGGGCCUUAAUCAAGGCUCUGCGUCAUAUUCCAGCCAUGUCAUUUAUCUUUGACCCCGAGAGUAAUCAAGGCUCGGCACCGAAUGCUUUGGUGAGCCUUCUUCGGGCGGAUAUUCUACGCAUGAAAGUUGGAGAACUUGACUUGAGGCUACGACUCCAAAUGGAAAGUGGAGACCCGGUUACCUCUCCUGUACGCACCGAGGAGAUACGUUCACUGCAUAAACAUAUCGAACACGAGAUUCGGCAGUGGGAAUAUCAAAUGAGCAGUCGAGGGCAUGAUCCAGAUGACGUUACACCGACGGAAUGUGUUCUUGAGGCGUCGACAUAUGCCCAGUAUCUUGUCAUGAUGGCUCUCCACUCUGCUAUUCUAUACCUGUACAUUAUAUACGUGAGUAUCUCCCCUUAG